CUUUGAGGUAGUUCUAGGACUCUAAACUACAUUUCCCAGGGGCCAUCGCGUCCAAGGCUACUUCCGGUAAAGGCCGCAUUGGUUUAUUGUCCACGUUCCCAGACUUGGACACACAUUUGUGGAGGAGCGGCGUGGAGGCCUCGGUGGAGUUUUGCGUUCUAAAUGUGGCCUGGAACUCAUGGAAGCCCUCUGCCCCGGAUGUGAGCAGUUAUGAGGGCGACGGUCGUUGCCGAGGCCAAGGCCUGUGAAUUGAGAUUGUCGGCUCUGGGCUCUGAAAGGCUGUCCAGGCACUGACUACAUUUUCCAAUGUCCACCAUAGCCAAGGCAGCUUCCUGUCCGCGCGCCAACGCUUUCAGGACCGUAGGAAGCAUUGCGCCCGAGUGCCCGCGGAACAUUCUUGUAGGGACCGCAGGGUCAGCUCUGCUUUCUCAGGACUCUACUUCACCAGGAGAGGAGUCUAGAAGACUGAUUGAUUCUUGGAAUUUUAAGUCAUCAUGGCCCAUCAGUUGAUGAUGUUCAGGGAUGUGGCCAUAGACUUCUCUCAGGAGGAGUGGGAGUGUCUGGACUUGGAACAGAGACAUUUGUACAGAGAUGUGAUGUUGGAGAACUACAGUAACAUGAUCUCACUGGGACUUUGCAUUUAUCAGCCGGAUGUGUUCUCUUUACUGGAGAAGGGGAAAGAGCCCUGGAUGGUUUCUAAGGAUGAGACAGGAGGACCUUGCCCAGACAUGCAGACCAGAUGUCAGAGCAAGAAGUUAUCACCAAAAACUGUCACUUUUGAGAGAGAAUUGACUCAAUUGGAAAUUUAUAAAAAAUACAGCCUUGACUAUUUAUGUUUUAGGGGUGAUUGGGAAAGCAAAGAUCAGUCUGAAACACAACAGGAAAAUCAAGAAGAAUAUUUAAAGCAGGUUAUACUCACCAAUGAAAAAACGUCCACUUUUAAACAUCACACAGCUUUUAAUGUACAUCACAAACAGAAUACAGGAAAGAAACUGAAUGAAUUUAAAGAAUGUGGGAAAGCCUUUCCUUCUGACUCAGACUGUACUCAACAUCAAGUAAUUCAAACUAAGGAGAAAUUUUGUGAAGAUAAGGAAUAUGAUAAAACCUUUCUUUCUGACUCAGAAUUUACUCAAUAUCAGACAGUUCAUGCUGCUAAGAAAACAUAUGAAUGUAAAGAAUGUGGGAAGGCGUUUAGUUUGCGUUCAAGUCUUACUGGUCAUAGGAGGAUUCAUACUGGUGAAAAACCUUUUAAGUGUAAGGAAUGUGGGAAGGCCUUUAGAUUUCAUUCUCAACUUAGUGUCCAUAAGCGUAUUCAUACUGGCGAGAAGUCUUAUGAAUGUAGGGAAUGUGGGAAGGCCUUUAGUUGUGGCUCAGACCUUACACGACAUCAGAGAAUUCAUACUGGUGAAAAACCCUAUGAAUGUAAUGAAUGUAGGAAGGCAUUUAGUCAGCGAUCACAUCUUACUAAACAUCAGAGAAUUCACACUGGUGAAAAGCCUUAUGAAUGUAAGGAGUGUGGAAAAGCUUUUACUCGUGGCUCACACCUGACUCAACAUCAGAGAACUCAUACUAGUGAGAAAUCUCAUGAAUGUAAGGAAUGUGGAAAAGCCUUUAUUCGUGGUUCAAAUCUUGCUCAACAUCAGAAUGUUCAUGUAGGCAGGAAACCCUAUGAAUGUGAGAAAUGUGGAAAAGCCUAUAUCUGGAGUUCACACCUUGCUCGACAUCAACGAAUUCAUACUGGUAGGAAACCUUAUGAAUGUAAGCAAUGUGGGAAGACAUUUAUUUGGGCCUCAUAUCUUGCUCAACAUGAGAAAAUUCAUAAUGAGAGGAAACUCUAUGAAUGUAAGGAAUGUAGAAAGACCUUCCUUCAUGGCUCAGAGUUUAAUCGACAUCAAAAAAUUCAUACUGGUGAGAGAAACUAUGAAUGUAAGGAAUGUGGAAAGACCUUUUUUCGUGGCUCAGAACUUAAUCGACAUCAGAAAAUCCAUACUGGAAAGAGACCAUAUGAAUGUGAAGAAUGUGGAAAAGCCUUUCUCUGGGGAUCACAACUUACUCGACAUCAGAGAAUACAUACUGGUGAGGAACCUUAUGUAUGUAAAGAAUGUGGGAAAUCUUUUAUCUGGGGUUCACAACUUACAAGACAUAAGAAAAUUCAUACUGACACAGAAUCCUAUGAAUGUAAGGAAAGUAAACAGAUCUUUGGUCACCAUCCAUAUUUUACUGAACAGAAAAUUCACAAUGGUGAUAAUCUCUAUCAAUGGAAAGACUAUGGGAACACCUUUAGUCAGGACUCAGACUUUGCUCAACACCAGGAUAUUUACACUUUUGAGAAAUCCUAUGAAUAUAAAAAUUUUGAGACAUCAUUUUCUCCAAGCUCUCACUUUAUUUCACUCUUAUAAAAUCUUAUGAUAUAAAAAUAUAAGAAAGUCUUUAUUCAUGACUCAUUACUUGAUGUCCAAUAAUUGCUUCUUUUGAGAAACCCCACAAGUGUAAGUAAUACUGAAAAACUCUGUCAGAGUACACAACACACUCAACAGCAGAGAAUUCAUAAUGCAAUCUGUAUUAAUACAGGAAAGCAUUUACUGAAUGGUUUUCCAUUUGGAAUAUCAGAGUAAAACCCUAUGAAUAAGAUGACACUGUGAAUCUCUUCUGAAUCAUUUUUAAAACAUUCUCCACAUCAUUGAUAUUAUUCUGCAUAGAAUUUAAAUCUAACUCACAUAGGGCAACCUUCCAUCACUAUUUAAAUCUUGUUACACUUCCACAAAAUUAUACCAAAGGUGAAUUUCUGUUAUGUAAUUAAUCUUGGAAAGCCUUGACUAUGUCAUUCAACUUCUUUGGUAUGCCUUAGUUCCAACACAUCUUAUCUGUAUUUUUUGGAAAGUAACUCAAAUCUGUGUCUGUUUGCUUAUUUAUUUGAUUAUAAGGGUUAAAUGAGCCUGACUACUUAAAUGACAUCAUGACCAUCAUUAAUUUUAGUAUUAGACCAUUUCUAUGAGAAAGACCUUGACAGUAUAAUGAAUAUAAACAAAUAUGCCAAUAAGAUACAUGUCUUAUGGAAUGGUAGGAUAAGUCUGAAGAAAAACCAGUAAAAUAGAAUGAAGGGGAAAA